CCUCUUCCUUUUAUUUCUGCUGCUCGCAUCUUUUUCACCACCUGCCGCAGCUGCAACGGAGAGAUGGAGACCUUCCUGUGAUUACUGUUAAGCUGCUGGAAGGACCAUCCGGCCAGGGAAGGACAGAGAGACAGCGAGGGGUGAGGAGCAGGAAGGGGGACCGCGGACAGAAACAUAUGGUUGAACAGAGGAGCGAUUUUUGUUUCUUUUUUCCCCUGAGGACUGCUUAAACGAACAUAAACCUAUUCACCCACCCGUAUAUCCGCCAAUGAGACCCCGCUAACCUCAGUUUUAAGCCUUAGAGCUCACCUGCUCCUGUCACACCUCUGUCUCAUUACUUAUUGCGCUCUUUGAAGCUGCCUGCACGCGCUGAACGCACAGACGCUCACAGAGAGCGUCACGAGACGCGGUACAGCCUUUAUACCAGCUUCCUGUAAUUAGAUAACUUAUUUUCUCAGAGGUGGAGCUCCUCAGCCAUGUCUGGACACACUGUGACCAUCCCGGACGACAGGGCGUUCGCCAGCUUCAAGGCGGAGUGUCUGUGUGAAGAGGGCUGGACCAUGACCUACAGCAAGGCGGGCAUCACGGUGUGGACCCAGGUGCUGGAGGAAGGCAAGUCCGUCCAUAAAAUUAAGUGUCGCAUGGUAUGCAAGGAUGUGGCUGCAGACACGAUGUACGAUGUUCUCCAUGACAUUGAAUACAGAAAAAAGUGGGACUCAAAUGUCAUCGAGACCUUUGAUAUCGGGAAGCUCACGGUGAAUGCAGACGUCGGAUACUACUCAUGGAAGUGUCCCAAACCUCUCCGGAACCGGGACGUCAUCACACUUCGUUCCUGGCUGCCGAUAGGGAAGGAUUACAUCAUCAUGAAUUACUCUGUUAAGCAUUCCAAAUACCCACCUAAAAAGGACAUGGUGCGGGCAGUCUCCAUUCAGACGGGCUACAUGAUUCAGAGCCAGGGACCAAGCAACUGUACCCUCACUUACAUGGCGCAGGUAGAUCCGCGAGGUUCAUUACCCAAGUGGGUUGUCAACAAGUCCUCUCACUUCCUGGCUCCCCGUGCGAUGAAAAAAAUCAGCAAAGCCUGUCUGAAGUACGCAGAGUGGAAGCAGAGACACAGCCCAAACUUCAAACCCUGGCUGUACCCCGAACAGACCACGUUACCCACAAUCCCACUUUCGGAGCUUAGCAUUCAACGCGCAGAGAGCCUGGAGAAUUUCGACGAGAGCUCCUUGACCGAGACCCAGGAAAGGGAAGACAGCGACUAA